GCGUCUUCCGGAAGUAGUGACUUUGCAGGCGACCAAUAAUGGCGGACUGGACGGCUGUGGCUUCCUGAAGAAGUUGUGAAUGUACGAUUUAACAACGAUAUAGAUUUAUAAAGAUAGUUUUUUCCAAAGCACACGAAACGGAAGUUGAGUGUGGAGCGAUGGAGUGUUACCUGAAGUGAAGAUUGAAGACGUGAUAGAAGAUGGACGACUACUGCUAUGCUAAGAUGGCGACGUCCGCUAAAAGAGAACAUGAAAGAGAAUCAGCGCCACCAACUUCCAGCAAAUCACCAACGGAGAUAAAGACGAAAGAUGAAGACGUCCAGCAGCUGAUUGGUCACCCUGAAGGACUUCCGCCUCAGCUGCAGGGAGGAAGUUCCACUUUGAAGCAGGAGACUCCACAGCUACUUCACAUUAAAAAGGAAGAGGAUGAACUCUGCAUCACUCAGGAGGGAGAGUGUCUUCAGUGGUCAGAGGAAGGUGAUACCACCAAGUUGCCACUGACUGUUGUCUUUGUGAAGACUGAGGAUGAUGAAGAGAAACCACAAGUGGACAACUUUUUAGCUUCACUAUCAGAUAGUGAGGCUGAAGACGAGGUUGAAGUAACUUUGAGUAGCGAUACAGACUGUGAAGGUGAUAUGAGGACUCACACUGACAACAAAACUGACUGCUUUAAAAAGAAGAAAUGUAAAACAACUUUGAGCUGUUUAGUUUCUGGUACAAAAUGUUCUAAAAAGAGCAGUUUGACUGAAGACAUGAGAACACACACCGGAGAAAAAACUUUAGAUUGUUCAGAUUGUGGUAAAAGCUUUUGUUACAAGAGCAGUUUGACACAACAUCUGAGAACACACACGGGAAAAAGACCAUUUUAUUGUUCAGUCUGCGGUAAAAGCUUUUCACACAAGAGCAGUUUGACUCAACACAUGAGAACACACACAGGCGAAAAACCAUAUAAUUGUACAGUUUGUGGUGAGGGCUUUUCUACAAGCACCAGUUUGACUCGACACAUGAGAACGCACACAGGAGAAAGGCCAUUUGAUUGUUCAGUCUGCGGUAAAAGCUUUUCACACAAGGCCAGUUUGACUCAUCACAUGAGAACACACACAGGCGAAAAACCAUAUAAUUGUACGGUUUGCCGGAAGGGCUUUUCUAAAAACAGCAAGUUGACUCAACACCUGAGAACGCACACAGGAGAAAGACCGUUUUAUUGUUCACUUUGUGGUAAAAGCUUUUCUCACAAGAGCGGUUUGACUGAACACAUCAAAUCACACGGAGGUGAAAGACAAUGCAUUUGUCCAGUUUGCAGCAAAAGUAUACACAAGAGCAGUUUGGCUAAACACAUGAGAACGCACACAGGUGAAAGACCAUUUUAUUGCUCAGUAUGCGGUAAAGGCUUUACGCAACGGUGCCAUUUGACUAAACAUAUGCGUACCCACACAGGAGAAAAACAAUUCAAUUGUUCAGUUUGUGGUAAAAACUUUACCCAACGGUACCAUUUGACACAACACAUGAGAACACACACUGGAGAAAAACCAUUUAGUUGUUCAGUUUGCUGUAAAAGCUUUUCUCACAGUGGAAAUUUGCCUCAACACAUGAGAACGCACACUGGAGAAAAACCCUUCAGUUGUUCAUUUUGUAGAAAAAGCUUUUCCAGCAAUCUCAAUUUGACUCGACACAAAAGGGAACACGUGGGAUAAAAAGAACACACGUCUGUUUGCAGUAUACGUUAUUCUCAAAGUAGCAUGACGUGUUGUAACACGAAAAUACACACAAGAGAAAAUAAAUGUACUCCUCCAAUUCAUAGUGAACGCAUUUUAUCGACAUAUUUUGACUGAACACAUUUGUCAUACACCCUGGAGAAACCCUUUCAGUCGUUCAUUUUGCCGUCAAAUACAUACUUGAUGAAAUGUCCAAUGAGAACAUACACAGGAGAAAACCUGUGUAAAUACUUAGUUUGUCGCCCAGAAGACAGAUAAGACUAGGUGUGUAACGGUUCGUGUAUUUGUAUUGAACCGUUUCGGUACAGGGGUUUUGGUUCGGUUCGGAGGUGUACCGAACGAGUUUCCACACGAACAUAUUAAGUAGCCGCCUCCGCUUCCUUCUGCCUCUGUUUCUGUCAGUACUCUACCCAGCAUUGUCCCACCCACACAACCAUCUGAUUAGUUACAAACAGAGCGGUAACAGCCAAUCAGCAGUGCGUAUUCAGAGCGGUAACAGCCAAUCAGCAGUGCGUAUUCAGAGCGCAUGUAGUCAGUGCUUAGCGUUUAGCAGGUAACCAUCAGGCUGCGGACUCUCCCCAAAUGAUAAUAAACACCUCCCAGUCAACUACUAGUAACAUCACUAUGAGCCCGUUGACCUUCUAGAAAUAUAAAAGGCAGCUCAGCUCGCUCGCAGUCCUGGCUUGAGGUGAAGGCUAAUUAGCUUUUAGCGUAAUGUUAGCUAAGUUUGCGGUGUAUGUGUGUGUGUGUGUUACGGACAGCAAAGCCCUGUCUGUCUGUUAUUUCACUUUACCUUUUUCUGUGUGGAUUGAGCUGUGUUGAAGCAAUAAAAAAGGACAUUAUGUUAAAUGAAGAGUUUCUGUCUCUGAUAGUUGAUAUAAUAAUGUAAGUGCAUCAUUAAGCCUACAUGAACUCCAUGGUGUUCAGGGAUGAAUAGUCUCUCCUAUUGCUAUUGUACCAUUUUUUCAGCUAUAGUUACAUAAAUCAUUAGUAAUGCAGCAGCCUAGUUUUGAAUGGCAGGGUCCCUGCUAUCACAUGUUGAUAAAAAUAUAACAUUUACAUAAUAAAUCAAAUACAGGCUUCCCAAAUGCUGUAAUAAAUUAAGCAUGAUGAGUUGACUUGAAACUGUUUAAUGUUGCACUUUUUAUAUGUAGAAGAAAAGUUUUGUCCUUUUAUUAAAUCUGAGCAAAAACUUGAGGCAGUUUACCGUUGAUUAACGUGGGCAGAAUUAUUAUAGUGUUCCCAAUGUUAAAAGGAUGAAGCCAUUGUUUACAAAUUUGGUAAAUAAAUAACCAAAAAAUGUAUGUUUUGUUGUUUUCUUACUGUACCGAAAAUAAACCGAACUGUGACCUCUAAACCGAGGUACGUACCGAACCGAAAUUGUUGUGUACCGUUACACCCCUAGAUAAGACACAUACAAAUAUGCACGGAGAAAAACUAUUUAUUUGCUUAGUUUGUGGUAAAACGUUUGAACAGAGACUAGGUUCUAGAUCCUCUUUUGUUCCAAAGUAGUCGUGGUCUCUCUGCCAUGAUUAGUGGCAGCAAACACACAACUCUCCCGAUGCUGUUGUUGAUGAAAGUAGCGUGAGAUUGCAUCAAUGCGCCCAGAUACUAAAUUGCUGAUAGAGGACUUAAAAUAACCAAAAUAGUGUAUUUAAAACAAGUUAUAAUUUUGUCUGUCACUAAUUGUGUAUAAAAUGGUGUUUGUGUUUUGUAGAUAUUUUAAAAUGCUUAUUGGUGGCAUAGUUGACUCCCCAUUACCCUCAUGCUCGGUUUUCAAGCAACAAGUAUCGCCACCCUCGCCCGUCCCCUCUCGCUAUUUGUGUGGAAGAGAGUCCAGCCCCUCUCGAGAGGACCGGUUCCAGACCCCUUGCUGUGCGUUGAAUUAGGUUUGACUAGAUUCAGCCGGAACUUCUCCACCUGGCACUCAAGCUCCUUACCCCCCAGCGAGUUGACGUUCCACGUCCCAAGAGCUAGCUUCUGUGGUCCAGGAUCAGACCUCCGAGGACCCUGCCUUUUGAGUAGUGAGCCCAUUGGAGGCGGGGACCCUCGUUUCCUCUUCAUGGGGCCAGGCGCUUGCCAUUGAGCCUUACCUCCAAGCCUGGCUCCACAAGGGGACCCGGGUGACCCGCUUUUGGGCGGGAAAAUCUGUCUUUCUCGUAAAUGACUUUGAGUUGCUCUUUUUCUGGUCCCUCACCUAAGACAUGUGACAUGCACACUCCCCUACAACCAUCAGGUGGCAGAACAGAGAGCUUUUUCAUUCAAAAAUGUGUUCUGUAAAAACUAAUGUAAUGUGUUCCAAUAGGAAAAAUGCACAUUAAAAGUUAUAA